AUGGCUAAUUAUGCACAUGCCCUUUCGACCGCUGACGGUUAUUCAGGGUACGGACCUGAACAAGGCAAUAAGGCAUUGCGGAAGGCAAUUGUAAAAGCAUUCUAUAAAGAUCUGCAGAUAAAAGACACAGAAGUUUUCGUAUCAGAUGGUGCGCAGUGUGACAUUACGCGACUUCAGGUACACAAUUACCGUUUAAGUUUGGCGGAUGCUCGUUAUCUUAUUACGUGCAACGCUCGAAGCAAGGGUAUUCUAGUAACACAGAUUUAUGAUUUUCUUGUGUACUUACAGUUGUUGCUGGGUUCCAAAGUGACCAUAGCUGUGCAGGAUCCAUCAUUUCCGGCUUACAUCGACUCAAGUGUGAUUAUCGGUCAAGCUGGAGACGAAGGUGGGAGUGGAAGGUAUGGGAGCAUUGAGUACAUGAAGUGCGGACACAAAAAUAACUUCUUUCCGGACUUGGCAACCACUUCAAGAACAGAUGUUAUCUUCUUCUGCUCUCCAAACAACCCCACUGGUCAUGCAGCAACUAGGGAGCAAUUAGAGCUUCUUGUCAAGUUUGCCAGGGACAAUGGAUCCAUUAUCAUCUUCGACGCUGCUUAUUUGUCAUAUGUACAAGACGAUAACUGCCCUCGUUCCAUCUUUGAAAUUCCCGGUUCUAGACAGGUUGCAAUCGAAAUAUCAUCAUUCUCCAAGUUUGCUGGCUUCACUGGUGUCCGUCUAGGCUGGACAGUAGUGCCUGACGAGCUCUUAUACUCGAAUGGAUUUCCUGUUAUACACGACUUCAAUCGCAUUGUCAAUACUUGCUUCACCGGGGCGUCCAAUGUUGCUCAAGCUGGUGGACUCGCCUGUCUUUCCUCGCAAGGCUUCAAGGCUGUGAAUUCUCUGGUUGACUACUACAUGGAGAAUGCAAAUAUACUGGGUGAGGCAUUGUCUUCUGUUGGUUUACAAGUAUACGGCGGUGCAAAUGCUCCCUACAUUUGGGUGCACUUUCCAGGUUCAAAUUCUUGGGAUUUAUGCAAACACAUUCUUGAGAAAACACACAUAAUUACAGUUCCGGGAUCUGGAUUUGGUCCGUUGGGUGAAGAGUUCCUGAGAAUUAGUGCUUUUGGCCACAGAGAGUGUAUCCUAGAGGCCGCAGCUAGGCUAAAAUACCUAUUUCUAUAG